AUGAACGAAGCUCUUGCCUAUCCUUUCUCCGGGAUGCAGCAAAGCAAUGCUCCACAGCGACGCGGCCCGAUCGAAGGGCCCAACGGUCGACGCUUGAUUCGUAGGGUCACCUGGCGAUCCUCCACGUACAAGUUGAUGGCUUGUCUGUGGGUGUUGGGUGUCUUUUAUAUCGUCUGGCUGAUACGGGAUGUCUUCUACUACCCCUUCUACGCCUCUUCCAAACAGCCUCUCACCCCCAAAGACACGAAUGAUUUACUGGCUCCCUAUGUGGGUCGUCAAGAGUGUGACAUUUCUUCCCUGUCCCUCUUCAGCCCCCCUCAACCCGGUGAUGGCGAACGUGCUUCAAGCAAUCCAUACUGCCAAUCUCGUGAUGCCCUGCUCAACGCCAUGAGCAAUGGCGGGCGUCACGGUUUUGACGCUGCGUAUACCUCUCAAGGAUGCUCUUAUCGUUGGUUCACUAGCGCCGAAGUAUGCGACAUUCUUCGGAAAUUCGAUGGAAUCGUCUUUGUGGGUGAUGAUACCUUGGCCGAUGCCUAUGCAGGCUUCAACAUUCUUUUGCGGGAGGACCUGGCCACUGGAUCCCUGAAAGAGUGGGAGAUAAACAAAGGACAUGGCCAUGAUUGCCGAUGUGAAUCCCAGUUCACCAGUAGAUCGUGCCUACCUCUGCGGAUUACUUCGAGUGAUGAGGUAUACGCUCAAGAAGGAAGCAGUGCCCCUCGCAGGCCUUACGCUUGUUCAUCCCGUAUUCCUCAUGCCUUCCUCGCUACAGCCAGUUCUCCUGCCCCUAGGGGUGUGUAUGACAAAUUUCGUCGAAUGGUCGCCCGAGGAGUUGGCCGAAAUAGACCCGUUCCCGUGAUCCUGAGUCUUUCCCUUUCCACAUCCUAUUCCCUGUCUACAGCUAAAAGCAGCAUGGAUGAAUGGCUCACACUGGCCCAGGCCAGUGGACGGAACACCCCUUUUCUCUGGGUAGGUCCGACAGCUCCUGGGCUUCAAAAGGACUCGAGGGACAACAUCCACGCAUCCAGCUGGCAGUAUUCACAAGACACCGCCCAAGAAGCCCGCAACAGAGGCUUGGAUGCUCUGGGAAUGUACAAUGCGACCCUUCAAGCUGAUAGUUGGGAUGGUAAGCACUACGGAGAGAAGGUAGCUUUGAUACAAGCGAUGAUGGUUAUCAACUGGCUGGCUAUGCUCUGA